AUGCAUUUGCCUCAGCCUCACCCUGGUGCAGAUGUUUGCAGCUUCACCACUUCCCUCUUUCCUCAGAGUGAGCUGGAGAUAGUGGACCAUCUUGCAAACACUGAGAUCAACAGCCAGCGUAUCGCUGCUGUGGAAAACUGCUUUGGGGCUUCUGGACAGCUCUUAGCUGUGCCGGGAAGAGUCCUUCUAGGAGAAGGGAUUUUAACCAAAGAAUGCCGCAAGAAACCAAAGCCUCGCAUAUUCUUCCUCUUCAAUGACAUCCUUGUCUAUGGCAGCAUAGUCAUCAGCAAAAGGAAGUACAAUUCCCAGCACAUUAUUCCCCUUGAAGAUGUCACUUUGGAGACGCUGCCAGACACUUUGCAGAUGAAGAACCAUUGGAUGAUUAAAACUUCCAAAAAGUCCUUUGUGGUUUCCACGGCCUCCCUGAUAGAGAGGAAGGAGUGGAUCAGCCAUCUGGAGGAGUGCAUCAGGCACCUGCUGACGAAGACAGGACGGCAGCCCUCCACGGAGCAUGCGGCUCCCUGGAUUCCAGACAAGGUGACAGACAUCUGCAUGCGCUGCAUGAAGAUUAAGUUCUCCACACUCACCCGAAGGCACCACUGCUGCAAGUGCGGCUUUGUCAUCUGUGCAGACUGCUCCAGGCAGAGGUUCCUGAUGCCCCGCCUGUCCCCCAAGCCCCUGAGGGUUUGCAAUCUGUGCUACAGGCAGCUGCUGGCAGAAAAGAAGGAGGAAGAGGCAGAUUGCAGGCAGCAGGAGCCAAUCUGCUCUGCCAUCCCGGGCUAUGAACCCUCCAGUGGUGAUGACAGCGAUAAGUCUGAUGGUGACAAAGCUGACCAGUGGCCAGCAGACACAGAGUUUUAUACCUCAGAAGUAUCCUGGUCAUCUUUCCAUAGCUGACCUCCUUGGGAGUCAGUGGCAUUUAGGCAUUGGGAAGCCAACUUCUGGCCUCCAAUGCAUAUCCUUCUUGAUGUUUUCCCUGGAGGCUGUGCCUAGGAAGGUGGAUCUUAGCCCCCUGUGUGUGGUGUCUGUGUGGGGAGCAGAGAUGGGGUUACCCCUCUGAGAAUGUGUCUCAUACGACAUGAGU